AUGCUUCGCACACCUGUCAGUCAGCAGCAGCAGGCGAAAUCGAAUCAGCAAAAUGUCCCAGCUCCGACCCCGAAUGACGUGGAGAACAACUUUGUUCCUGGUUCCCGUGUAUCGAUCGGUGCUGCCCUAUCCGGUAGGCGUUCGAACAAAAGCCGAUCUUCCCGUAUUAGCGAAACCGACAACCAACUGAAGGCCCUGUUGUUGGAGGAGCAGAUCGAGGAGGAUGAACUGAAGGCUUCAAUCGAACGAGACAGGAUCCUGGCUGAAAAACGAUUAGCUGCCCUUCAGAUUGAGCAAGACCUGGUGCUGAAGACGGAAGAGAGGAAGGCUGAGUUUCUCAGGCGAAAACGUGAGCGUGAACUCAAGAAGGAAGAACUGAAGGCUGGUUCAAGUUACGGCUCGAGCAUCUGCAGUAGCAGGGGUAGCAACUCGAGUGCGUACACCAGUGUAUCCCAACGUGUCACCCAAUGGAUCGCCGAGUCCGGAAAUGUGGAACCAACGAACCCGAACGAUCUGUGCCAUGCAAACCUGGAACCAUCAAAUCACGUGGUUCGACAACCCCGUCGCGAGGCUGUAGCGAACAACCAGCGUGCUCCCGAGCCUGGAGUGAAUGCGAUCCUGUUCGAAGCGUUCAAGGCACUGCAAGGCAGAAACGUGAAGGAUUUGCCACCAUUUUCUGGCGACAUCAUGGAGUGGACGAUUUUCGAGAACGAGUUCAACACGUCCACUGAGUCAGCAGCAACAGCGAAGAAGUUGCCACAACCUCAAACAGGUGCACUCCGCGACAUCUCGCUCCUCGCUCGAUGCCACACUGAGGAGUUCCAACUGACCGACCGUGAUAACUUGAGACGGUUAAACAAGGCGUUACAAGGUAAGGCGCGAAAAACCGUGGAGUCAUUGUUGUCUUCCCCGGACAACGUUACUCAGAUUAUGAGGAUGCUGAAAUCGAAUUUCGGGCGCACGGAAUGGGUCGUGGCCAAUCGAUUGGAAGCACUGAGGAACCUCGAAGUCGUAAGAGAAGGCAACAUCGAGUCGUUUAGGACUUUCUACAAUGCUGUAGUCGGUACUAUGGUCGCAAUGCAGAACGCAAAGGCAGAUAAUUAUCUUCUCAACCCCGAACUCAUAUCACACCUGGCUGAAAAGUUGCCUGGAUUCAGCAAACAGAUGUGGGUUCGACACAAGGCAGCAUUGAUGAAGCAAGACAUCGUAGUGGACUUCAACACUUUUGCUCGUUGGUUGGAGGAUGAGAUGGACAACCAGUUGGCAAGCCUCAAUCCUGCGUUCGGCAUCAAGAAACCGAGUUUCUCCGCAAAGCCAAAGCCGGUUGUAUUCAACGUCAACAGUCGUGAUGAUGCAGCAGCAGCAGCAAAGCAGUGUCCACUAUGCCUGGAGAGUUCGCAUUUUAGUCUGGACAAGUGCGAAAAGUUCCACGCACUGUCUAUAGCUCAGCGUCGGACCGCCGCAAAAUCGUGUAAGGUGUGUUAUAUCUGCUUGAAUUCUGACCACGCCAGGAAGAGCUGUAAAUCCAAGAAAACGUGUUCCAUCUGCGGUAAAAAUCAUCACGACCUGGUUCAUAUCGAUGUUGUGCCACGAAACAUCACGCCUGGCACUCCGAACGUGUGCAAUGUGAAUGGUAGGAACGUGAACACGCUGCUACGUGUAGGAAAAGUGAAGAUCAUGGGUCCGAAUGGCGUCGAGGAAGUGUUUGCUCUGUUUGAUGAAGGCUCUUCAUUGUCGAUGGUUGAUGCCAACGUUGCUGCGCGGAUUGGUCUGCAGGGACCGACAUCUCCUGUGACUUACCGAUGGACGAACGGUAUUUCGCACAAGGAGGAACAUUCAAUGCUGCUAUCUUUCGACAUCUCUGGACCUUCGACUCAAGCAAAACGUUUUAGGGCAAAUGGCAUUCGCACUGUACAGAACCUCGAUUUGCCACCAGUGAAGUUCGACAUCGAGAAGGUGAAGCAGCUGUAUCCAAUGCUCGACGAAGAUAAGCUGGUCGCAGUUCACGGUGCCAGACCGUUGCAAUACUCGCUGUACGGUCUGCAGUUGACUCGUUGCCAUCUAGGUUGGACCGUUCACGGUUCGAUUGAACCGAGCGAUGCAGCACCGGACUACUGUCAUGCGUUACUGUGUUCCGAGGAUGACGACGUUGAGCUGACGGAUCUGGUGAAGCAGGUCUAUAAGGUGGAAGAUUUUGGGAUAACCGGACAGUCUCCGAAGAUGUCCGACGAGGACCAACGUGCAAUCGAUAUUAUGAACCGUACCAUCACACGGCGUGGAGAACGCUUCGAAGUAGGCCAACUCUACAAGUAUAACAAUUUCUCGUUUCCGGAUAGCAAACCCCAUGCGUUGCGGCGGCUGCAGAUUAUCGAGAGGAAGAUGGACUCCAAUCCCGAGUUCGCAGAGAAGUAUUGCAGCAAGAUCGAAGAUUACGUGAACAAGGGGUAUGCUCGGCUGCUGGAACCUGGAGAGCUGGAUGAAACGCCAAAUACGUGGUACUUGCCACACUUCAGCGUCGAGUCUGGCGAAAAAUUCCGCCUGGUUAUGGACGCCAAGGCGAAAUCGCACGGUUUCUCCCUCAAUGACUUGCUGCUGAAAGGUCCUGACUUCGUUCCUGCUUUAAUUGCCAUACUGAUGCGUGCUAGGAAGAAGAAGAUUGCUUUCGUGGCGGACAUAAAGGAGAUGUUCCACCAAGUUCUCAUCCGUAGAGUGGACCAGGACUCGCAGCGCUUCUUUUUUCGUGGAAUGGAUCGCUCGUCACCCCCUAACGUGUACAUCAUGAUGGUCAUGAUAUUCGGAGCAGUGUCUUCUCCCUCCGUGGCUCAAUUCAUCAAGAAUUUCAAUGCGAAGGAGUUGGAAGAAGAGUAUCCAGGUGUGGAGCGAGCCGUAGUAGAUCAGCACUAUGUUGAUGAUUAUUUUGAUUGUGCUGACACCGAGGAAGAGGCGAUCCAACUGGUACGACGCGUGGUCAAGACUCACGAACAUGGUGGUUUCCGGUUGGUCAAAUUUGCAUCGAACAGUGAAGCCCUUUUGGACUCCCUGGACCCCACCUUGAUUGCCGAUCGAACGGAAAAGGAAACACGUGUGCUUGGUAUUAGAUGGGAUCUCCGCUCCGACGAACUUGUAUUUUCUCUGGAUUUUCCGAAGCUGGUUGAGGAGUUUCGAACCGGCGAAAGUGUACCUACAAAACGACAGUUUUUGAAGUUCAUGAUGGGCAUUUUUGAUCCGUUGGGCUUGCUUAGUCCCAUCACCAUCCAGCUGAAAAUUAUUUUUCAAGAACUGUGGCGGUUGCAGUCCGGCUCGGAUGACGAGAUUCCAGAUGGUUUGGUUCCAAGAUGGAGGGAAUGGUUGGAGCAAACUGCGAUGCUUAACGAGGUUCGGCUGCCAAGGUACUAUUUCCCAGAGAUUCCGUUGUUCACUAAUGCUGAGCUGCAUGCCUUUUGUGACGCUAGUGAUAAGGCCUUCGCUUGCGUCGUUUAUAUGGUUCAUCGUCAUGAAGACAGGUCGUAUGUCGCCUUAGUCUACGCCAAGGCUAGGGUCGCUCCUCUCAAGAAUUCGACAGUGCCACGUUUGGAGCUUCAGGGCUGCGUUCUUGCGAGUCAGAUGGUGAAAACUCUUCAGGACGAAAUGAAGAUAGAGAUCACGAAAGUGUAUUUCUGGACCGACUCCAAAAUUUGCUUGAGUUGGUUGAAGACAAGUCAGAAGCUUACUGCCUAUGUUGGAUCCCGCAUUAUGAAGAUUAAGGAGAACGGACACAGUGUCGAUAUGUGGCAUUGGGUACCAUCGCAGUUGAACAUUGCUGAUCUGGCAACGAAGUCAAGCAAAUUCGGCAGUAUGCAAGAAUGGCUCAAAGGUCCGGAUUUCCUGCCACAUGUCAGCACCCGCUGGCCGAUCGACGCGCCGGUAGAACUGUCGCCUGCUGAGUUUGUGAAUUUCCACGCCGAGCUGAUCGUCGACACUUCCGUUGAUUUGUUGUGUUGCACUGUAUCUGAAGAUUGCCUAAUGGACCUUCCCGAGAUCGAGCGAUUCUCCGACUUCAACCGCCUAAUCAGGUCAACAGCAUAUUACCUGAGGAUGAGAAGGAUAUUAGUACUACCGAAAAAUGAAAAACCAAAACGUUUAAAUAUCACUGUUCAUGACAUGAACGAAGCAAGGAAUGCAUGGUACAGGAAGAUACAAUCGGAGGUUUUUGGCGAAGAGUUGCGGAGUCUGAAGCAGACCGGUUUUGUGAAGAGCAGCAGUCGCUUGAAAAGUUAUUCGCCGUUCAUCCAUAAUGGAAUCGUCCGUAUGCGCGGACGUGUGCAAGACUGCAGCAAACCGUUUGAUGUUAACAACCCGAUAAUUCUCCCCGAUAAUCAUCCCUUCUCGAACCUACUGAUUCGUAUGUACCACGUCGCCAACGCUCAUCAGGGUUUGGAAACGGUGAUAAACAAUAUCAAAGAACGUCAUCGUAUUCUGAAGAUCCGCUCACAGGUGAAGAAAUUAACGAUGUCCUGCAUCAAGUGUCGAGAGCUUCGGGCCAAACCAACCGUCCCACAAAUGGGAAAUCUUCCCCCGGAGCGAACAACCCCGUUUGUGUUUCCGUUUUCAAACACCGGAAUAGACUAUUUCGGCCCGAUGUCUGUUAAGGUGGGUCGUCGUGUCGAGAAAAGGUGGGUGGUUCUAUUCACCUGCAUGACUUCAAGGGCUGUCCAUCUCGAGGUGGUACCAUCGUUGGACACGAACAGUUGCAUAAUGGCAAUCCGCUGCUGUAUGUCCAUCCGUGGGUUACCACAAUGCAUAAUGACAGAUAAUGGGACAAAUUUCACCGGUGCAGAUCAAGAGCUCAAGAAACUGGUCAGAACACUGGAUUCCCCACAGAUCGAGGACACGUUGAGCGUGAGAGGUGUACAAUGGAAGUUCAUUCCGCCUGGCGCUCCGCAUUUUGGAGGAUGCUGGGAGCGAUUAGUGCGCUCUGUCAAGAAUGCUCUACGUGUGAUGCUCCGAGAAAGACAUCCGACGGACUUGGUGUUGCGAACUGCUCUUUGCGAAGUGAUGAACACUGUCAACAACAGGCCGUUGACGCACGUUUCGGGCGAUCCUCUUGAUGCAGAACCAUUAACUCCGAACAUGCUGCUAUUGGGAAGAAACAACUCGAUACAGUUCGAUCACGAUUUCGACGAGCGGAAUAUGGAUUGCCGGGCGGCCUACAAGAGUGCUCAAAUUUACGCAGAUCGUUUCUGGCGAAAAUGGUUGUCAUCCUACAGACCGGAGUUAAUCAGAAGCCGCAAGUGGCCAGACAACCGAAGCUACCACGAGUAUCAUGUAGGCGACAUUGUAAUGAUAGUGGAUGAAAAUUUACACCGAGGAUGUUGGCCAAAAGGAAUUGUAGACAAGGUUUUCAAGGGUCCAGAUGGAAAUGUUAGAACUGUGUCCGUCAAGACUUCAAAAUCGUCGUUCACGAGGCCUGUUAGCAAGAUUGUUUUACUUCAAGCGAUCAACUCGUCUUUGGGCCCGGAGAAUGUUGCCAACAGUAGCUGCAACUAG